CGAGCAAACCCGCUCUGCAAAGUGCAGUAGCGCAUGUACUGUGACUCUACGACUACAAUUAGUAGCAAUAGAUUUUCUUUUUGACGCUUAGCUAGAUACUUCUUCUCCCAUUAUUGAAGCAGUCCUCUUGUUAUUAUACACUCACAAACCCUAGCUAGACUGCUUGCUGUUGCAUCUCAAGGAACCCUCCACUUCAGUCAGCCAUCUCUUCUUUAUAUUAAUCUUGUUCUAUCCUUGUUGCUUGACAAUGAACCUAGAAGAGAAAGCAAGCACAGAGGUUCCAUCAUCUGAGCAUCUCUGCUAUGUCCGUUGCAACUUCUGCAACACUGUUCUUGCGGUCGGGAUUCCAUGCAAGAGGCUGCUGGACACUGUGACUGUCAAAUGUGGUCAUUGCAAUAAUCUCUCCUUUCUCAGCACCAGACCUCCCAACCAAGGGCAAUGUCUUGAUCAGUACCACCGACUGAGUCUACAGGGAGUUUCUAGUAAUGAAAAGUUCUUAUUCAAUGAGAAGCAAGGGUUUUGCACUGAUAUCAGAAAGGGCGAAUCCUCAUCCUCCUCGACCUCUAGCGAACAACCGGUGCCCACAGUACCCUUCGUAGUAAAGCCGCCUGAGAAGAAACACCGACUUCCAUCUGCUUACAAUAGGUUUAUGAAGGAGGAGAUAAAGCGCAUCAAAGCAGCCGAUCCUGAGAUACCACACAGAGAAGCUUUUAGCACAGCAGCUAAAAAUUGGGCUAGGGCUAGGUACCUUCCAAAGUCGGGUGCUGGUUCUGGGAGCCCUAAUAUUUAAUGCAGGAAUGCAGCGAUAGAUGUGCGAAAGAAAUUUGAGGCGUCCAAGAGGGCAUCUAGAGAGAGCAGCUUGUUUAAUUUGGUUUAGCUUCACGUCUCCUGCCUUGUACUAAUCUUGUCAUUUUAUUUUGUGUUGUUUGUUGGUAUAUUUUCAUGGAUGAACUUCUGCCUUAGGCUUUGAUCUAGCUAGAUGGUGUGAUAUUUAGUAGAAUUAGCAAUCUCAUUAAUUAAUUAGUCUCUGCGCCUAAUCUGAUCUUGUCUGUAACGGUCGUUUGAUUUUCAAAAAGGCUGAUAGUUUUAAAUCA